GUUAACUCGUAGCUUGUAGUAAAUGGCGGUCGUGAACAGGGUGGACUGUAAACAUUUCCACGGUUGGUUCACGUGCCGUGCUGACAGAAAACAUACUGCCAAAGAGGAGAAAACGAAAGAAACGUUGAACUGAUGGAGACCGAAGAUGGAGACAGGGAAGCUACGUCUGAAGUAGCUGAGCUACGUCUGAAAGCAGACUCCCUGAAGCAGGAGCUCAAAGAGUGCAGAGCCGAGCUGGCGAAGUUACAGAAGCAGCUGAACCAGUCUGAAAGACUGCAGAGGAGCACAGAGAGCUACAAUGAAGACCUGAGGAAACAGGUUGAUCAGCUCAGUGCAGAGAUUCAUGAGCGGAAGAAGAAAGAUAAAGACAGAGUCAACAGUGAAACUCAGACUGAAGAAUACGUAUGGACAGAAACUGAUUAUUACAACUACUACUACGGAAGCUACUGUCAAAACUCUGAGGCAGCAGACACUCAAGAAGGCCCGAACACAGCAGCAGCAGCAGCAGUGGUGGAUGGAGCUGCUGGCACCGAGGCUGCAGAGAUUUCAACACCAAACGAAGCAGCAGCUGCUGAUGAGUCAGGUCAACCUGACAGCAGUGUUAAAGCCACAACAGAGGAGGGUGAUGCAGGAUCCAUAGCCGAUAUGUUGAGGGCCACUGCUGAGGAGGCUAUGACACAGACUGGGUUUGUCUUUGAUGAGACAACUGGGAUGUACUAUGAUCACAGCACAGGCUUCUACUACGACUCGGCCAGUCAAUUGUACUACGAUGCCAACACAGGCAUUUACUACUACUACGAUGCAGAGAGCGGACGAUACCAGUUUCAUUCCAGGAUUGAGGUGCCUGCUGCACAGACUGGUGCAGAGUCCUGCUCGGACAAAAACACUGCUGAAAAGAAAGGCAGGAAGUUCAAGAAAGGGACCAAGAAAACGUCACACCAGGAUGAUAAGGAACUCAUAUCUGAUGAUAUUAAGUUGGAAGAAGAAGAAAUUGAGUGGGUUGAACUACAAACAUCUAAGAGGACCACAGAAUCACAAAAACUCAAGCGAAGGUCUCGCAGUGCAGAUUCGGCUCCACGUCGGGAGGAGAAUGACAAAUCUUCAUCAAAGAGGAAGAAGCAGAAAAACGGUUCACACCAUGAUGAUAAGGGAAGAUCAAAGAAGAAAAGGAAAAAAUCAAAAUCUGCAAAGCGGAAGAAGAAAAAAAGCCCGGCUCGGAGUCAUGACUCAGAGGGGAACAGCGAACCGGAAGAGGGUGAGAUCACAGAGUCAGAGAAGGAGGAGUGGGAGUCUACUCCUUCAUUCUCAUCAUCUUCUAGCUCCCCCUCCAAGGAAAGCCCAGAAUCAGAAUCAGAGAUGGACACUCAGAGUCAGGAAGCCAAAGACAUUUGGCCGCCCUGUGUAAGAGUGACAGUGGUCAGGUCUCCAGUGCUGCAGGUGGGCACUCUGUUCAUCAUCACAGCCGACUCUCCAGCCACCAUUGGCAGAGAGAAAGAUAUGGAUCAUGCAAUCCGAAUACCAGAGAUGGGAGUCAGCAAGUUCCAUGCAGAGGUGUACUUUGACCAGGAGCAGCAGAGCUACAUGUUGGUGGACCAGGGAAGCCAGAACGGAACAGUCAUCAAUGGCAACCGAAUCUUACAGCCCAAAGCUAAAUGUGAGCCGCAUGCACUGAUGCACGGUGAUGAGGUGAAGAUGGGAGAGACUGUGCUCUCUUUCCACAUCCACUCAGGCACUGAUACCUGUGAUGGAUGUGAGCCUGGACAGGUGAUGGCUCAUCUCAGCAAGCACAGGAGAGAGGAGAAGACAGGCCCUGUUCUCACCAAAGAGGAUAAAGAAGCACUAAGACAGAAGGAGCUGAAGCAGAUGAAGGCCAAAUAUGGCCUGCAGAGCACUGAGUAUGAGGAGGCCAAAGCCCUGAGGAACCCAAAAUACAAGGACCGAGCAGAGUCUCGACGACAGACGGUGGGCAGUCAAGGGGUUUUCCAACGAGAUGAUGCACCCGCUUCUGUUCAUGAGGAGAUCAGUGAAGUCAAUAAAGGACGGAAGAUGUUAGAAAAGAUGGGCUGGAAGAAAGGAGAGGGACUGGGCAAAGAGGGAACUGGAAUGAAGGACCCGAUUGAACUGAAAAUCAGAAAGUCCCAGUCAGGUUUGGGGGCCGGUGCUGCCAUGUCUCUAGACAGUGUCUCCAUAACUAGAUCAAAGUCUCAGAAGAACUGGGAGAAAGCCCGAGAGAGAUUUGUGGAUUCAUGCCAGCCUGACAUGCUGGCACACAAAACACAGAACAAGUCACCCAAAGCUUGGGUCAGAGCAGAAGAGACUGAGACCACAAACACACAAACUGACAGCCAAAGUUAGGGAUAAGUGCGGGUGCAUAUAUUUAUUGUGGAUAUUAAGAGCUGAGUGUUAUUGUUACUCAGUUUGUACCUAGGUGUGUUGGCUGAAGAUCCCAGCAAAUUGAAUCUAAACUGAUUUUCUCUGAGUACCACUUUGUUCUGCGGAGAACAGAAUCUGACCACAGUGUAAAUCUUGGCAACCGAAUGAUUUAGUCUUUUGAUGCUGUUUUUAUUUUAUUUUAGUCAUUUGAUUUUUGUUGAUUGACUUCUAGUCUAGUUUUAGUCAACAAAAACUAAAUACUUUUUAGUCUGGUUUUCAUCAGUGCCUCAGUCUCAUUUAUGUUGUACAUUUUUAAUUUUUAUGUCAUCUAUGAUUUUUUUAGGCUACUGCUGUUGCUCUCUUUGUGUACAGUUACCAUGGUCACAGGUGGCAGCAGUUAAUCAGGAGCUACAGUGUGUGAAUCCACAGAUGCAAACAGGUUGUUGGAACAUGUCCAUUCGUCUGUCUUUCAUCAUCAUUUAGCUGUUAAUAAAUCCUGAAAUACA